GCGGAAGUGCCGCCGCCGCGUGCGUCCGCCACAGGCUGAAGCGCCGGUCGCCAGUCCCGGCCCCAGCCAUGGCCGUCCGCGCCAGCUUCGAGAACAACAACGAGUUGGGCUGCUUCGCCAAGCUCACCAACGCCUACUGCCUCGUGGCCAUCGGCGGCUCCGAGAACUUCUACAGCGUCUUCGAGGGGGAGCUGUUCGGGACCAUCCCGGUGGUGCACGCCUCCAUCGCCGGCUGCCGCAUCAUCGGUAGAAUGUGUGUGGGAAACAGACACGGACUGUUGGUCCCAAGCAGUACGACAGACCAAGAGCUUCAACAUAUCCGCAACAGUCUUCCAGAUUCUGUACGAAUUCAACGAGUAGAAGAGCGUCUGUCAGCACUGGGCAACGUCACUACCUGCAAUGAUUAUGUAGCUCUUGUUCAUCCAGAUCUCGACAGGGAGACAGAAGAGAUCUUGGCAGAUGUACUGAAGGUUGAGGUUUUCAGACAAACGGUAGCAGAUCAAGUGCUGGUAGGAAGUUACUGUGUUUUCAGUAACCAAGGAGGAAUUGUGCACCCCAAAACUUCAAUUGAUGAUCAGGAUGAACUGUCUUCAUUGCUCCAGGUCCCACUUGUGGCUGGAACAGUGAAUCGUGGCAGUGAGGUGAUUGCGGCAGGCAUGGUUGUAAAUGACUGGUGUGCCUUCUGUGGGCUGGAUACAACCAGCACCGAACUCUCUGUCAUCGAGAGUAUCUUCAGGCUGAACGAAGCUCAGCCAAGUACCAUUGCUACCAAGAUGAGAGAUUCCUUGAUUGACAGCUUGACAUGAGCAGUGCUGGUUCCUGCUUUCCAGAAAGCUCCUAAGGAGUGAAGUGUCAGGCUACACUUUGGAUUACAGACAUCCAGACCUUCCGGUGUUGUUUCUGCAGGCCUAGCCAAUGGAAGAGGCUACAAACCCAACUUCUUGUAGUGUUUUGUAAACUAAGUAUUAUUACAAAACCUGACAAAUAACAUACAUAAGUUACAAUUAAGGAAUGCUCUCUAUCCCUUUGCUCACAUUUUCCUGUUCUUCAGCCGUGCUUUUUCAUUUUGUGAUGCUGACUGAGCCCUUCAAAUUAGCCAACAAUAUUUACUCUUGUGGCUCUCGGAUAUUGAUCGCUAGGGGUUAUUUUGCCUUAAAUAAUGCAUCCGUGUUCUGCUGCACAGCAGUCAGUCUGUUCCAGCACAUACGUGGCACUGCCCUCUCUUUCCACACUCUUGCUAAAGCCCCUUGUAUGUCCAAUACCAAAAAUAUAGUAGUUUACUUGCCACAAAACCAUUCAGAAGUCAUCACCUGCUCUCUUGCCCUGACUUGCAGCUAUUCUCACAGGGCCGGUGAUUCUGAAGUCAUCACCUUUGACUAAAAAUGGAGUUUCUCAAAGUCAGUCCAGGGGCUUCUAAGAGCAGCAAUGCGUGACUGCCUCUGGAACCAGCGGUAUUUGAUCUGUUGUCUGCAGGUGCCUGGUGGCAUGUGUUCUGCUUCUCAGGCAUCUGCAAGGGAGAGCCUAGAAAAGCAGGCUGUUGCCAGGGGCUUACGUUUGUUCUACAGCAGUUCCCCACCGACACUGGGAAACUCUUAAAAGGCAGCAUAUAAAAAAAGAAAUAAACCACCUCGUCUUGAGUUAUUUUGGAGACAAAGGUUAAGUAACAGGGUUUGAACCAGUUACUCCAGACAGUCAGAUGUUACAGAUUUGGGAGCUUGCUAAGGAAGAGCUCUGCCCUCGUCACGGGGCGAUGGUGGCAAAAAGCUGUAGAUACUGCUUUCAGGUAGAAGAUAGUCAUUUGCUUCUAAACAGAGCUCGCUGAUCUGAUUUCGUUGCGUUUCUUCUGCUUGCCCAUUAAGGGUGUACUGAAGGCACAGAAAUGCCUCCACUUCCCAUCCCGAGGGUAUGUGGAAGCUCCUCGUUGCUCCCACACAGCUGCAUUGCUCUCGGCUGGAGUCUCUUGAGGAGAGAACUGUCGUGAGGGCAAUGUGGGCAGAGCUCUUUUUUGGCCCUGGUGCUUCAGGCUUUGUAGAAAAUUAAGCGAACUUCCAUUUUUGUUUUACUGUCUGGAUGCUUAGGGAAGGUUUGGGUUGAUUAAAGGUUGCUCCUUAAACUUUUAAAUAAAGAUUGCCAUAGGAUCCUGCUGUCUGCUCUGUCUAGAACGGCACCUGAGCCAGGGGCUGCCGUUUCCAGAGAGCUCGCCUGCCUGCUGCCUGCUCAGCUCCUUGCCACUAUGGCUAACAGCUUUUGGUGUUUAUGGCCCCUUUGAUACAGGUGACUACCUUUCUUGGCACUGACUCCAGGUCUCCUCUUAGCGUGUCUCAGUAUUCAGAGUGAGAAGCGGCUGUCCUUUGGCCCCCUUGCAGGGCUCUGUUGGUAGGUGUAAAUGGCAGUUGGACUCUUGCUGUCGGUGUUGGCAUUUAUUUGUCAAGUGUGAAAUGAGUAAGGCUGAAGUUUUCCUCUGCAACUUCUGUAACUCAUUUUUUCUCAUUCCGGUUGAUAAGCAGGAAUCCUGGUUCAUAUUGGUGAUCUUGAUGUGUGUUGCGUGUCAAAAAUUGCUCAGAGCUAAACAAGAAAAAUAAUCCAGUCUCUGUGUAAUCCAAAUCCUUAAAUAGGAAAGAUACCGGUGCAGCGCUGGGGGCUGUGAUACGCCAAAGAGGAUUAGAGACAGAAUAUUGGCAGAGUAGGGUAUUGCUAAUGGCAGUGUGUGACCUCUUUGAGAAUUGCAUUGAAGCUUUGGAACUGGAAGGUGGCAAACACGAUACCUCUUUUAUGUACAAGGAAAACAGAAACUAUAAUAAAGAAUGGAAUUAGUAGAACCAUGGAUAUGUGAUACCAUGAGAGAGCAUAAACUUGGUGUUUUAACGGCAAGUCAUGUCUUACAAGACCUGGGGAGUUCUUUAAAGGAGUCCACAGGGAUAUGGAGAAGGUCUGUUGUAAUGUUACUUGUAUUGCCGAAAAGUGUUUGGCAGGUUUUUGUGCCAGAGGCUUUUAGGGACCCUGGGUGAGUGAUCCCAUGGAAUGAGAGCUUGAGCACCCUUUUACGUGCUUGAGAAUGGGGGGGGGGAGUCAGAGUAAAUGGUUAGAUUUUCCAGGAGUUCCACAGGGAGCUCCGCUGGGAGCCGCCAUGGUCAGCAUUAUUGUCCCGUUCGGGAAAGGCAGCGGAUCAGUGCAGGGAAGUCCACCCACGCUGGCUUAUUCUGACUGGUAAGGACGAGGACUGACUGAUGGGUCGAUAGAAGGGUAAAUUUGGUGCAGCUGGACGUGAAGUGAAGCAUGUUGUGGUGAAGGAUCCAAAUUUCCCACCCUGUAGCGAUGAGCUCUGACCCGCCCAAGAGCAACUUCUUGGCCUGAAGGUACGUAUUGUAACAAAGGUGUGCUCAGUCGUCAGCAACAGUCAAGAAAGCAAACUGAAUGUUUGGAGGAGUUAGGAAAAGAAAGCCCAAACAAAGCAUCGUUAUCCAUAAAUCCAUGAUGCAUCUGUACCUUGAGCACUAUGUGUAGAUUAGAUGCAAAUCUUGUGCAGCGGUUGCCGAGCUUUUCUGCAAAUACAUAUUCUGGGGGUAAUGCUUAUCUCCUUUGUUGUUCAUUAAAUUUUGGUUCUUCUAAAAACGCCAAAAGGCGGCAGGGGAAAGGAGCGAGAUUCUCGUGCUGUUACCGAUUCCUUCCCAGGAGAACCUGCCGAGCAGGGUUGGAACUGCCAGGUGUGGGGCCGUGAGGGUGGGACCGUGAAACAGUGAGGAAGAAACGAUGGCUCAGGCGAAGGGUCCCACGAGCAGCAGAAUUACCAGUGGCAGGCCCUUGGCGUUACACAGCUCAAGGCACUUAAAGCACCGUGCAACGCUUGACAGACCCUUUUUAUGCGCUUUACCUCAAAGGCAUCACUCUCCGGUGGCGACACCAAAAGAAGGCGUUAAGGAAUAGUCAGUAAAAUCAAGUUGUAUGUCCCUGGUGCUGGGUGUCGCUGCCGCAGGUUCUCAGGAGUCUUAACAAUGAAAGUUCUGAACUCCGAAGCCCCCGGUUACGCUCCAGGGCCGUGAACCGCCUUUGCUCUCCGGCAGCAGAAGGCGACACGUGACUUUGUGUAUUAUGCGGUGAUCCAGGAAUGAUCUGAGGACCUACAGCUGAUUCCAGCUGCGCUGGGCAAAUAAGUGUGAUACCAUGAGAAAGGCCUGGGAGGAAUGUGACGGGAUGGCAAAGAGAUGUCCAGAGGUUCUUGAGGGAGGAAUGAAGGUCUCACGGGUCAGUGAGGAAGUCACAGGGUGUGUAGCUUUGGCUGCCACAGUGUGCUCUAAUGUCCAAAAGCUCAUGAGGAUCCUUCAUGGAGGUUUUUAAAAACCUGAGUCCUCAUGGUGUGAGACGGGAGAUGCCCUUGAGGUUUAAUGACCAACUGUAAGUUAGAAACGACUAAUCCCUCUUCUAGGCGGAGGACCCCUCUGUUCUGGCUGUAGCGGUUGUGUAUCCCAGCACAUUUCUAACGUACCUGGAGAAAUGAGCCUACUUCACUGGUCAUGAAAUGAUCUGAGAUGGUCAGAAACAAACAAAGGCAGGAUGCCGAGCGCAGGACAGCGGGCGUAGUGGGCUGCUCGCCGCUCGAGGUGAGCACGUGCCAGGGCUCCCCUCCGGCUGUACAAGUGCUGCCAGGUGGCCGUGUGGUGCCGGGGGCGCAGUGAGAGGAGCUGAAUGAGCAGCACUGCUCCCUGCUCCCCCGCGGUGGCAAUAUGUCCUGGUGCUGCAUUUCCGGAUGGGAACUGGCACGCGGCCACCUGGCCAAGGAGACGCUUUAGCUGUGCUGAUGGGAGGCGGAGCGGGUCCAUACCCUGCUGCUGGGUCGCUGUGGAUUACAGAUCCAACCCACAGUCCCAGCAAAGAGCUCAGGUGUGUGAAUGUUGAGGAACUACCCCUUACCCAAAUACUGACGUUUGUGCCCAAAUCCAGGUCACCCCAGGACCGCACAGGUGCUAAUCUUUCCAAAAAAAAAAAAAAAAAAAAAAAAAAUGACAGUGGCGUGCACGGGGUUGUGUUGGGGGAAAGUGGGUCAACUGCUCGCCUACCUGCCCUGGCCCACCUGUGCCAACACGCGGAACCGUGGAGGGCUGUUUCCCGGCUCCUUAAACACCUACGGAAACACCUCACACCCUGGCAAAGCUCCAACAGGUAACGUCUGCACCAGGAGCCAGUUACGCAGCAGUUAAAAGAGGCACCAAACUCUUUCUCGGGUUCUUUGAAGCAGCAGUUCUUUGAGGAAGGCUGGAUUUUGGCAGCAGAGGGUUUACCUCGUCGCCGUGGCGUGCCCGGCUCCGCGGGGCAACCCUUGCUCCAGGGCCAGGCUCUGUGCCGCCUGUACAGCUUGGAACUCGGUGUAGGGUUUUGAACAGCCCGAAAAAUCUACCUUUGGGCAGGAGUAAAAAAAAAAAAAUACAAACAAAACCAGACAU